AAAGUAUCCUUUUUCUGCCGGAAAUUCACGGUUUAUCUCCGAAAAACAGGCCGUAGGUAUGGCCCUCACAGUGGAACCCGGUCCUAUAGCGUUGGAAAAUGCUGCUACUGCCCUGCAUCCAGAAUGGGGCAGCAUUUGCCGUGUGUGUUUAAGGGAAAACGAUGAACUGUACUCCCUCUUCGAUCAGCUCCAAGAACCGGGUCAAUUCUCCUACGCGGAGAUAAUAAUGCAAUUUUCAAACAUGAUCAUCAGCGAGGAGGACAAUCUACCAUCCCAAAUCUGCGACGGGUGUAUCAACGAACUGAUGGCGGCUUAUAGGUUUUGUCUGAAAUGUGAUAACACGAACGAAAUUCUUCAAUCAUAUCUUACCGACGUGCCACAAGAUGCCGCGAAACAACAGACUCCGGAACAAGAUCAUGCUGGAGGAAUUUCAGUUCAGUUGAAUUCCGGAGUGUCCUACACCUAUAAACCGCCCAAUGGACUCGACGUGACCGUGAUACCGCGUCGAGAACCACAAGGAAAGGAAGUGCUAGCUCAGACCGCUGCCGGCAAGUUUGACUUCUUAUCCGAUAAGGAUGAAUCUGAAGCGGAGACCGUCGAGUAUAUUUACGAAAGGACAUCGGAUGUUCAAGGGGAUGCCAAUUUAAGCGAAUUGCCUGAGGUCGGUAGCAGUGAUGAGGUGGAACAGGAUAGUUCCGUAGACACUACGGAACCUCAUGCGACAUCGUACUGCGAUCCGAUGCGCACGAUUCAAUCGAUCCGCAAAAGCAAUCGUCCGAAUGAGAGCAAACCAACGAUCGAUACGGUCACAAUACAACCGGCUGCCGAUGGUAGCGGAUUCGAGACGGUGAUCCGGUUGAAACGUAACCUUUCGAUCGCCAAACCGAUGCACAGUUGUAAGAUCUGCAACAAAACCUACAAGUACAAACACGUCCUAGAGACACAUCUGCGGCGCCAUCGAGGUGAGCGGCCAUACAAGUGUGAGCACUGUGAUAAGGCGUUCGUUGUCCCGUUCGAGUUACGGCGGCACGUACGUAUCCAUACUGGUCAAAAGCCGUACAAUUGUCAGUUCUGUGAACGAUCGUACAGUGACUUUAGUUGCAAAGUAAAACAUGAACGUACACACACGGGAGAAAGACCGUACCGUUGCCAGUAUUGCCGGAAAUCGUUCGCAUACUCUCACGUACUCAAUAAUCACAUUCUGAUUCACACGGGAAUGAACAAGUAUACGUGUUCGAUAUGCGGCAAGCAUUACUCCAAAUCGGAUCAUUUGAAGGCACACAUGAACAUACAUUUAGCAGGUGGUGCUUCGACGAACAAAAAGGAUCCAAAAGUCAUGUCCAGCGGGGCACCGCCUACUGUUAGUGAAUCGUGCUCGUCACUGGACGGGAUGUUGGGCAAGUGUUCCGGUGCAGCAACCCCGAACAAACCCUCCAAUGAGACAUCUACAGUCGUCCUGUUGGAUACCUCCGAGCCAUUGUUGGUGGAAUCGUACGUUGAUGCGUCACAGCUAGGUACUUGGACGACGGUUUGUAGUGAUAGUCUAGCCGAAAUUGAAACAGCUAACCCACCAACAGUGGUGACGAUCGGUGGCGAGGAGCUAGGAAACGUGUCGAUCGUCAACCUCAGUGAUUAUAUGAUGAAAAAUGAUGAAUUAGAAGAACUGAUCGAAGAAUCAAGUGUUCAACUCGCAAUCACGUAGUUGCUGGGCCGUAUUACGUACCAGUGAAAGUGGAUCUCUCAUCAUGUCGAUGUGCCAGUAAUAAAAGAAGCCCAGCUUUUGUGUAA